GUGCCUGCGUCAUUCCUUUCAGCAGAUGGAGAUGAGAAGGAGGGGGAGGGUAAGACAGAGUGAGAAAGGGGUGGAAGAAGAGGGAGCCAUAUGUCUACUCUGCAUCAGUGUCAACAUCACUGCCACGCGAGCCUUCGUCACCGGAAAACAACAAGGAACAUCGUCACACAGGAGAGCUUAAAAGAACAAUCAUCAAUAGCAGCAGCAGCCGCAGCAGCGGCUCCUCCUUCACCAGACGUGCAUCCACAAAUUGGGCAAGAAGCUUGAAAUUGAGCAUCUAAACACUGUCCUAGACAGGAGAAGCUCUUCUAGGCAUGACCUGAGAGGAGCGGCAGCUAGUCAUCGAGCUCUCUCGCUCCAUCAACAUGGGUAACCAAGAGACAAAGCAAAAGAAAGCUGCAGCAGCAUCAAGCAACGGAAGCUACCCAUCGCUAGAUGAAGGAUGGAGAGAGGGAGGAGGGGACGUAAAAAAAGGAGGAAAGAAACUCCAUGGUAAACAUGGAGGUAAAGGAACAGGCAGUGCAGGAGGAAGGGGAGUGACGAAUGGCACAGGACUAGGUAAAAACAAAAAUAAAUCAGAGUCCAAGUCUUCUGUUUUCUCCAUCCGGAAGCGAAAGGGUAACUUUAAAGGAAAAGGAGACGCAUGUUCGUCAGUGAAAGGCUCAAAAGAGGACGUUUUAGCAUCUCAGCACGAUGAGCUGGACAGCACAAAAACACCUGAUCUGUCUGCAGAUGAGCUGGGGCAGUCGGACACUGAGGCUGCCUUUCCUGAGAAGAGAAAGAAGCAGGGGAAAAGGGAUGGAGAUGAGAGAGACGAGAAGCAUGAGAUGCAGCAGAAAGCGUCGACAGCAAACUCUCCCGCAGAAGAUGGAGGGCAAAAGGGAGGGAGCUCGGGAUCAGACACCGAUAUCUACAGUUUCCACUCAGCAGCUGACCAUGAGGAUUUGCUUGCGGAUAUCCAGCUCGCUAUAAGGCUCCAGCACCAGCAGCAUGGGGGGGUUACCUCAAUUGUGGAAACACAAGGAGGGGGAGGAAGGAAUCUAAUUUGGGGGGAAGGAAAGGAUAGGAGGAAACAGAGUAAUGGGGUAGUUAAAUUAACUCCUCCUGAGGUGCUUGACCUGACCCCAGAAUUAGAGCUGGGGUCUGAUGCCUUGUCAUUCCUGGAGGGAGGAUCUAUUAUUGGCUCUGUCAAGCAAAACGAGCCGCUUCCCACACAGAAUAGCCCCUUCAAUGCAGAGGUUAAUCAGAAGAACGAGGACAGGCAUCUGGAGCUAAAGGGGCAGGGGGAAAGAGAAGCUGCUCUUUGUGUUUCCACAGGCACAAAAGACCAGCAUGCUUUGCUUCAGCAGCGCCCUCACACAGAUAUUUCCAUAGCUACAGAAGGGGGGGCAACAGUCUGCCCAGUGACCAUGACAACUGUUGGUAACAGUUUCCACAAUCUUACAUUUGACAGCACUGGGAAAAUCACAGGGGAAGAGGAGGGAGCAAGUGCUGAAACCCAACAGGAGGAGGAGAGGGAGCUUGAGAUGGAUGCUAAUCUCAGUCUUUCACUGGCAGACGACAACCAUAAAAGUCCUGAGCCUCUAGAGGGACUGAGUUCAAGAACUGUAUUUGAAGAAGGUGAGAUUCACUUAGGCUCAGGUACCAGCGCUGAGUCUCUUGAGGACUGCUUGAGUGCUGACUCUGAACCCAGCCCCUCUACCAGCACCAAGGCUUCCCCCUCCAACCAGCAGUUAAGGAGGAGCAGCGCCUGCUUUAGCCCACUACUUCCUCAGGAGAGCCCCACAUUGGCCAAACGUCUCCUCAGGUCUGCCCACCCCUCCACCUCCUCUAGUCCUGUGGUGAAACCCUACCCUCCCAUCUUCCCGUCCUACAUCAAAACCACUACAAGACAGCUCAGUUCCCCGGGGCACUCACCAUCCCACAGCCCCCUAUCCCCACGCAGAGCUCACCAUAACUUUCACAGGAUGAUGGCUGAAGGUCGGCAGGUGCGCAGAAAACGCUCCAGAAGUCUUGCUAGCCCUUUGAGUCGCUCAGCUGACUGGACAGAGGAACUAGACAGGCGAUUGAGAGGCAGGGAGGAAGAUGGAGGAGGCUCACUGAGCUCAGGAGAAUAUUUGGGGGGCCACACAGGAGGAGGCAGCCAGCCCAUCUGUGGAACGAGAAGAUUUUCAUGUGGACAAGUAUCUACUUGUGGUUUUCAGGAUGUCUUUACAGGUCGAACUCUUCUGGAGAAGCUGUUCUUGCAACAGCAAGCGGAUGAGCCAGAGGAGGCUGAGAGGCUCUGCUCUAGGAUCUUAGCAAUGGGCCUCCUGCUGCCAUUCACAGACUGCUUCAGAGAACAGCUGGGGGGAAGCACUACCCACAUCACCUCCACUGCAUCACCCAAGUUCGAUCAUGACCAGCUUUACACAUGGGCAGCUGUCAACCAGCCACCACACUCUUUGGAUCUCUGUGAGGGGAAACAACCAAGUCAGAUUAAGGGCCCUUGGCCUCAAGCCAAACCAGGUGGAGAUAACAGGAAUGGACUUCAAUCCGCACAAUCAGAGCUCCAUGCAGAUAUCAUGGGUUUGAGGCAGCAACAUGUAAACAAAGAGGAAGAAUGUGUCUUUCCUUCAAUAAAACUGAAGGAAAAACAUGUUAACGUCAUCCAACAACUGGAACAAACCAUAGAAGAUCUCAGGACUAAGAUUGCUGAGCUGGAGCGACAGCCCCCUCUGGUGGAUAGGGACAGUAUGAAAGUCACCACCUCCACCACAGACCGGGAAUGUGGAGGAGAGGGGGGCCUACUAAGGGGUGUGUGCGAUGCUCACCUUCAGACAGAGGCCUCCUCUGUUGGAGGCUUGGAGGCAAAGUCUGUGCAGACCUCACCAAUGGAUGACAGUUCAAAGUUCAAAGUGCCUUGUGGUGAGCCAGACAGAGUGGACAGAUUCGUGGAGCCUUCCCCCAGUCAUGAUGGGCACCUGUGUUUGUGUCAGCUACAGCCUCCUCCUCCUCCACCCCCACUUCUAGGGGGAAGUGAAAGUGGAGUCUGCCCUCCUUAUUUAGGGCAGACUGUAGCACCUCCUCCUCCACCAUUACCAGAAAUAGUCCCACCUCCUCCACCUCCUCCACCCCCUCUUCCACCAGGUUUAGGAGUUCCUCCACCUCUCCCUGGUUAUCUGGCUCCACCCCCACCUCCUCCUUUACCUCCACCUCUCCCUUAUUGUCUUGCUGCACCCCCACCUCCUCCUCCUCCUCCUGCCCCAGUCCCACCCCUUACUGCUGGCAUGGUUCCACCCCCUCCACCUCCUCCUCCUCCAUUACCAGGAGUUAAAGGCCCACCACCAACUCAAGCCUGUGUGCCUCCUCCUCCUCCUCCUCCUCCAUUACCAGGUGUUAAAGGCCCACCUCCACCUCAAGCCUGUGUGCCUCCUCCUCCUCCACCUCCACCAGGAAACAUCUGUGUUCCCCCAGCUCUUCCAGGUGCUCUUGGCUCCCUGCCUCCUCCACUGCCACUGGGCUUGUAUUCUCUGGGUCUGACACAGGAGAAACCACCCAGAAAGGCCUUGGUAGAGCCACCAAGACCCAUGAAGCCUCUCUAUUGGACCAGGAUCCAGCUCCACACCAAGAAGGAUAUGUCUUCUUCACUUGUGUGGGAAACAAUUGAGGAGCCUAACGUAGACUUUCAAGAGUUUGUGGAAUUGUUCUCCAAAACAGCCGUGAAGGAGAAGAAGCAGCCACUGUCUGACACCAUAACCAAAUCCAAGGCUAAACAGGUUGUUAAGCUCCUAAACAAUAAGCGUUCUCAGGCUGUAGGGAUCCUCAUGUCAUCUCUGCACCUUGACAUGAAAGAUAUCCAGCAUGCCAUCCUGAACUUGGACAACACUGUAGUUGACCUGGAGACCCUGCAGGCACUGUAUGAAAAUAGAGCACAACAGGAAGAGUUGGACAAGAUCGAAAAGCACAUAAAGUCCACUAAAGACAAAGAGAAUGCCAAGCCCCUGGACAAACCAGAACAAUUUCUCUACCAGCUCUCCUUGAUCCCAAAUUUCAACAGUAGAGUUUUCUGCAUCCUUUUCCAGUCCAGCUUUUCUGAGUGCAUGUCAUCUAUCACAAGAAAACUGGACACACUGCAGAGGGUAUGCAAGGUAAUACAGGACAGUGAAACAGUGAAGAAGAUUCUAGGUCUGAUUCUGGCCUUUGGUAACUUUAUGAAUGGUGGCAAUCGAACCAGAGGCCAAGCUGAUGGUUUCAGCCUUGACAUCCUGCCGAAACUUAAAGAUGUAAAGAGCAGUGUCUCAUCCUCAGAUGCAGACGAAACAGGAUUACUCCUAAAAGCCUACAAACAAGCUCUUCAGUUAGGGGUCUCCGAGCAACAAAAAUCCUUCCGAAGACACAGAACUAGCUGCUCAAUGAACGGAUGAGGGGAACAAAUUUUACCAUCAAUGUGCCAAGAUCUAAAGAGGAGUGGAUGCGACAGAGACUCACGGUCCUCUAGAUGUGAAUACUCUUCAAAAGCUGUUUGAGUUCACUGAGAAGGCUCGUGAUGAAAGCCCUAGACAUGAAAAGUCUAGGACUAGGCAACAAAGGAAGUUUGACUUACUUGUUGUACAUCAGAAACACCAACAAAAUACAGAGAGUGUCCCCAGUGGCCAGAAGAAAGAAGGAUGGCACACUAAGGAUGUGGAGAGGUGGGUGAAAAAUUUGUCAGAAAGACAACUCACCCAAGCAGAAAAAAACGAAAGCUUUGAACUUUGCUGUGAUGCCGAGACAAUUCCCACUAGUGGAACUGAUCCCAGCCACAAAAACAGCAAUUCUUAACAACAACAUUGCAGACGUGGAAAGAGAGUUUUGGCCUGUCUCAAAAAUGAAAAGCCCCCAGCAUCCAACAUCAGGAUGGAAGAGAGGAAGGCAUGCCCAUCGCUUAGUAAUGACAACAACAUGAUCAUCCUUCUCUCACCCCAACCGGUCGCAGCAGAUGGCCGCCUCUCCCUGAGCCUGGUUCUGCCAGGGGUAACUUCCUGUUAUAAGGGAGUUUUUCCUUCCCACUGUU